UGUCACAUUGACAAACAUGGCGGCGUCCACAGGUGUCGCAGAGGCUAUCGUCUCCGACUCGGAAAGGUCUGCUUCAGCUGGUCAAAGCACAGGAAACCCACCGAUUCAGUACAGUAUGAUUCUUGAUCAUCUUAUUGGGGACAAGAGGACGGUGAAGGACAUGAACCCCGGCAUCAUGGGGGGACUCCCGGUGCCUCCUAAAAGUGAGGAGCAGAAGACGAUAGAGAAAGCGAUGGAGAGCUGUGCUUUCAAAUCUCUUUUGGCCUGUGCAGGAGGAUUUGUCCUCGGUGGAGCGUUUGGUGUUUUCACCGCAGGCAUUGACACCAAUGUUGGCUUCGAUCCCAAAGACCCGCUGAGAACGCCAACAGCACGAGAGGUCCUCAAAGACAUGGGGCAGAGGGGCAUGUCCUACGCUAAGAAUUUCGCCAUCGUGGGUGCUAUGUUCUCCUGUACAGAGUGCAUCAUAGAAUCGCACAGAGGAAAGUCAGACUGGAAGAACGCCGUGUACAGCGGCUGUAUAACGGGUGGAGCAAUUGGGUUUCGUGCUGGUCUUAAGGCUGGCGUCCUAGGAUGUGGAGGCUUUGCUGCUUUUUCUGCAGCCAUUGAGUAUUACCUGCGGUGAAGCCACACUGUAGACAGAUUUUGUGUCUCUGAAGACGGACAAUGAGGGAGAUCCGCCAACCUGCAAGUGGAGGAAGCAUAGGCUUUCCGAGGUUACUGUAAACGGACAUUGGACUAAAGCCUUGUUUUUCCAUUGUUGAACAGCUCAACUGACCACUGUCCACCUCGCAUCAUUCUUCUCACUGAGCUUUGCUGCUUUGUUUCAGUAAAUAUUUAUAUUAAAACUGUGUUUUAUUUUUCAAUGUACAGGAAGCGAUGAGCACAAAUCAGUGACUCUAUAUAAAGAAGCAUUAGUCUGUCUCCUUUUAAAUUGCAUUUGUCUGUAUUAUGACACGUGACUUAAACAUUACCUUCAUUCAGCGAAGAAUUGAGUGCAUUUUUUGGGGUCCUGUAGUGGGCCCUGUGCUCACUGCCCAGCACCGUAGAGCUCGGUUGGCAUUUGCCAUAGACCACCAGAAUGGGCAACUACACCACUGGUGCCCUGUGCUCUUCACUGAUGAGAGCAAGUUCAACCUGAGCACAUGUGACAGACAUGAAAGGGUCUGGAGAUGCCGUGGAGAACGUUAUGCUGCCUGCAAUGUCAUUCAGCAUGACCGGUUUGGUGGUGGGUCAGUGAUGGUCUGGGGAGGCAUAUCCCUGGAAGGACGCACAGACCUCUACAGGUCUAGGUAUCGGGAUAAAAUCCUUGGACCCAUUGUCAAAACCUACGCUGGUGCAGUGGGACCUGGGUUCCUCCUGGUCCACGACAAUGCCCGACCUCAUGUGGCUAGUGUAUGCAGGUAGUUCCAGGAGAUCCCCCAGGACACCAUCCGUAGUCUCAUUAGGAGCAUGCCCAGACAUUGUCAGGCAUGCGUACAAGCACGUGGGGGCCACACAAACUACUGAGAAUCAUUUUGAGUUGCUACAAUGACAUUUUAGCAAAAUGGACCAGUGUGCUGCAUCAUUUUUUCACUUUCAUUUUUGGGGUGUCUUUGAUUUCCCCCCUCUAUAGGGUGAUCAUUUUCAUUUCUAUCAAAUGAUGUGGCAUCAUUUUGUUACAUCACCCACUUAUCAGGAAAGAUAUUCAAGAUCAUUUUUCCCCCAGUUUAAAUCUGUUGUGUUUUUGAAGUGUUCCUCUAAUUUUUUUGAGCAGUGUAUAUUUGUAUGUAUUUGAGCUCCAAAUUAACUGGACAUUUAAUUCAAGCUAAAACACACACGUCUGAAAAUCUAUCUACCUAACACUAGUUUCUUUCAUAAGAGUAUACUUGAAUCACACUUGUGUUAAUAUGAGCAACGAGGAGUUGCUAUCAAAGACACCAGGUCAUUUAAAUUAAACUCAUGUUUUGAAUGUAUUUUAUGAGAUUUCCUAGCAUACUUAAAUGCAGCAAAUUGAACUUCCGGAUUAAGAUUUACUAAGUGAGUGACAAGAAUAUGCACUUACUUUUGUAUUUGUUUAUUUAGACCACACAUACACACAUAAUGAGGACGUUGUUGUGAUGCUCCGAGUGUCCAUGGAUGCAUCUGGCGGUCGUUUUCGUGACAAUAAGGAAGUGUCCUUCGGAUGAGGAAGUGACUAGACACGCCGGGUGAUGGAUUGCACUGCUGUUGGUGUGAGCAGGUCACAAUAAAGUUAUAAAAGAGCGUCAAAUAAUUUAAUUAUUUACUGCCGUUGACGUGCUAUUUUUGUCGUCCCUACUAAAAAUACGUGUGAAAGUAAACAUACCACUCGAACUAACAUCGUCAUCCACCUGAAGUAUUGAGACCAUUCAUUAUGUUAAUAUUGCGGUAGACAGUUUAUUUGACUGUUUGCUGCUCUUUGUGUGGUGCUGUAUUUCAUCAUGAAGUGGCAGCAGAGUUUCUUUGCAGCCUGGUUUAUUUGAUGUUUUCAAUCUCUUCCUACUGCAUGUGUCCCUUUGGGUCUGUCGAUGCGGUAGAUGAACUCUGCAGGCAUGAAGUAGCCCAGGUAUUCUACACUGUCAGGUGUGGUGUCUAUGUAGUAGUGGCCACCUUCUCCAUGGUGGCUGAAGCAGUGGGUGUGCUCCACACGUAGGUCCAGUCCCUUCAUACAAAACACACACUAAUAGAAGACUUGGCAUGGAUAAAGUUAGAAGAAGCCAACAUGUUCACUUAUUCACUCACAGGGUCUGUGGAUACAAGAACGGACUGGCAGAUGAGUGGGGCGUUCACCUCAAAGUGUUUCAGCCAGUUGUUGACCUCUUCAUUGGUGUCCAGCGGACAGACAGAGAACUCUCUCGGCUGUCAGCAUGACAUGAUUACUACGCCCAUACAUCUACAGUUGCGACUUGCCGAGUCAUACGGUGGCCGGGAAGUGCAAAACACAUGAAGAAACGGUCAAACGCUUUCACGUUUCACAAAACAAAUGAACAAAUUGCUGAUUGACAGAAAUGGAGUCCAAUGAGUGUGCAUGGUGUGUUGAAUAAAGACAUGAAAUAGCUGAAAACAUGUCUAGGUGCAAUCUUGCAGCAAGUCAGCCUGCAUGACACGUAUUUGGAUGUAUCCUCCAUUGUUACGCUGCAUGGUUAUUCCAUGGGCGUAUUUGUUGUAAAUGAUUGUGAUCCUUAAUUAAUGAACUUUUGUUUUUGCAGAGAAAUGUUUGUUUUAAAUAACGGAAGAUGUGAUGUAAUGGUUAAUGAUGAGAGCACUGCAGGUGUAACUUUAUUACUUUUCAUCAUGGUUUCCAAUACAGCUGCUGCAGCAGACGAGGCUUUGUCAUUGUAAUAUAAAUAACGUACUGCAUUUUCCAGACUAUAAAUCAUCCCGUAGUAUAAGCUGCAUCAGUCAAACAAUCAAUCAAUUGCAAUAAAAUAAAAUAACAUAAAUAAGUCACAUGUACCCAUAUUUACGAUCAUCAGAGCAAGAUUUUUUUUUAAAUUCACAAGAGAGUAAGACAAAUCCAGAGGGAGGGGGCAUUGUUAACACCAACAAGGAGACAAACUAAAGCUGCAGAAGCUGAAAUAAGUCACUUUUUUAAAAGUACAUGGAUACAAUAAAAACACACCUGUUUAAUAAAUCAGAAUGUUGUAGAAGAAGACAAUUUUAAUAUGUGUCAUGAUGCAUGGAUGCCUCCCAGUGUGUAGAAACUAUCAAACAGCCGUAUUUAAACACCAAAAUGUCAUAUUUGGAUUCACAAACUAAUUAAAACAGACUGAAAAUCACAGGUGUGUAUUUUGUUAGUCAGUGGCUAACACAGCAGCUACAAUCUCCAAGCUAGACAUAAUUAGUGUCCUAAUUCAACAACACUGCUGUCUAAAAUACAGCAUAGUUGCACAUGACUUACAGACACGUAGUCUCCAAGGCAAAAGCGUAUUAGAAAGUAUUCCGCAGCAAAAAGCGUCCCGUAUGCUCUGUAUCAUUCAAUGUGUGUGUUUUGCACUUCUCGGCCAGCGUGGAGUCAUGUUCCUGACAUCCAACACUCACCAUGAUGUGGAUUUUUGCUUUCCCCUUCUGCAUGAUAAAGCUGCCCCCCAGAGCAAGGCUUUUAUCAGGGUACUCAACUUCCAGAGUCUUUCUCAAGGCCGUCACGAUACUGUAUUCUCCUGUUCUCUUCUUGGCAUGUACCUCGAUGACCUGCGGCAGAGGAGAGGCAGACAUAUGUCAUAUACAGUAGGUCUGGUCAGCGGGCUCAUGUACGUCUAAUCAAAUGGACAAAACAUGCAUUAGUCGUUUUAAAUAAGCUCUAAAAAAGUCUCAUUACCUUUCCCGGCCUCCCCUCACAAGCAUAAAGAUUCCCCAGCAGUCCAAAGUUACAGUCGGAGAAUUUCUGGCUGUAUUUUUGUUGCAGACACUGGCCAUCCACUGCAUCGAUGCAGGACAGGUAGCUGCUGUUCACUGCAGGCCUUCCUUCAGCUUCAGUUAGAACCAGAGGGAUCAGCUGUGGAAAUAUUCCUGAUGUCAGCACUGAGUAUUGGAUUAACACGUACCGUAGUCCCUUGCCGCUUCAUUUGCGCUUCCAAUUUCCUGGCUUCAGUUUAUCCUGGAUUUUCAUAAAUACAAUAUAUUCAUAAAUAAAUUACAUUUGUCCAAAAAUGUGCACAUUUGACAUAUUUUUGGCCUAAAUUAAGCAUAUUCAAGCAAAAAAAAUGGCUAAAUGAAGUCAAAUACAAACAUUCAGAAGAUUUUCAAAUUGAUUUUGCAUGAUUAACCACCAUGUGCAACUCUGUGAAAUAUGCCCAUUUUUGCUGUAUUUUAUCAACAGAAAGACAGAUGACAGGACAUGAAAUGGAUGCUUUACCAGCGCCAAAUGAACUGAAAGUUGAGAUCAAGCUAAAAGGUACCAAAAUCUAUUGUGGCUAGCAUGACCAACGGCACUUGUUUUCAUUGGUCUACGGGGGAGUUAUGUUGAGUUCUGACAAGUCCGCCUAGCAACAAAUAGUGAUGCAAAUGUGUCAUGUGACCAGGAAACUACCAUCUCAUCAAUUCCAUUUGAUCUUUUUUACCCCAUAUGAAUCACGCAUAUUGUUAUUGUUUGUGUGGUAUACAUGAUUUUUUGUCUUUUUUUUUUUUUUUGUGAAAACCACACAUGAAACAGUAAGAGCAAGUACUGCAACUGAAGUGCCUGAGGACCCAAACUUUUUUUCGUACUAAGUCUCCACUCUAGAUUGCCCGCCUUUGGCUACAAUUCUGCUGGGAUAGGCUCCAGUUUCCCUGGAAACGAGAUAACAUGCCUUUCAACAUAUGCAUUCGAAGGGGGGCAGGGAGUACUUUCAAUGUUAGUGCAGACCUGCCAACAUGUACGAAUUUAUCGUACUGUGCAUGCAAUUUGACUCGAGUGCUGCUCUCCAUUUUGUUGCAUUUUGCUGGUUUCAGUUUUGACUUACAUAGACAUUAUGUACACAUAAAUACGUACAGGUAGAUAUUAUGUACACAUAAAUACAUACUGUAGAUAUUAUGUACACAUAAAUACAUACAGGUAGAUAUUAUGUACACAUAAAUACAUUUUAUAUAUUACAUAUUAUACAUUAGAUAUGAUCAGUUUGUCAAUAUUAUUUCAAACCGGGGGUGGGGGUGAAAACAUUUCUGUCCCCUGGGGGGGGACUGCAAGGGAGAAGAAUAGUGCCAAAAGUCACGUGGCAGUUUUUCAUAGUUGUAUCAUUGUUUUUUGUACUUGAGGGAUAUUUAUUUUGUAACUGAAGAAAAUGUUCCUUUGUAUGUGUAAAACAUGCCAUAUUUGUUCCUGUGUUAGUUUGAUACGUACCUUUCUGAUUUGCCAAAGCCAAUACAUUCACUUGUGAAUGAUGUUUUGUUUGUUUGUGACUCGUCGGGUGUAAGGAAAACAUGUUUUGUGCGUUUGUGAGGCUUUGGCAUGGAAGUUGAACCUCGAGGUACACUAGGUCCCCAACUUACGAACAUCCGACAUGCGAACUUGUUUUUUUCAUGAAUUAUCCUCGUUUAAUAUUACUACUGCAUCCAAACUCAUAUUUACAUACAUACACAUACUGUAUACUGUGUAUGUAUAUACGUACAUGUAGUACCUAUAUAAUUGCUAAUAUUACCUUUUCCCCUACUUAGGAACAAUUCGACUUAAGAACGGUUGUCUGGAAUCAAUUGUGUUCGUUAGUUGGGGAUUUAGUGUAUUAUGUUGUUGCAGCGUUUUUAAGUAAUGAAAACAAUUAUGAUGCGCCCAGUUCUUAAUCAUUGAAGACGCAUGUUGUAUAAUCCUUCGACGGGGGUCCGUUAGCGUGCAUACCUCUGCAUUCAUCCCCACAACUCGAGAAGAAACAGCUCCUGCACCAAGCAUGAACGCACCAGGAAGCUCCAGCUCCUUUGCUAUGGCAUUCAUGUCAUAUUCCUUGGAAGAGGAUAAGACACAACAUCAGGAUAAUACGAAGGAGGAGCAUCAGAUGCGUUGUACUGCUGCCUGGGGUGACAAAAACUACCUUGUGCUUUUGAGCCACAGGUACCAGGUAAGGCACUCCUCCCACAUCUGUGACUCGAGGACUUCCACACAAACCUGAAGGAUGAAGAAGACAGCAAAAGAACACAGGUCUGCAAACAUACACGCAUGGAACAUCUGGAUGGAUGCUUGUUUUGGUUUUCUAAUUUGUCACUUCUAAAUGUGCAUACUGCAGUUUAAGGACGGGUUACAGCACCUUUUGUAUUUGUAUUAGCAAUUUAUGGUGGCCCACAGGGACAAA